UAUUUUUUAGUUCCUGAUGAAAAGAUCAGGUUUUGGAGAAAUUUAAGGUUUUUAAAUAUAUUUAAUGGAAUGUUAAACUAUGUAGACUUGCAUAAGAUAUAAAAUAGAGAUAACAGUAUCUCAUAUUUAAUACUCGUAGUGAUAUAUUCAGCAGUAUAAGUGUCAAACAUAACAUUAUAAGAAAAAAAAGCAAUGACUUGUCGAACUUAACGCAAUUCCUCCUAAUUUUAUAAAUAUUAUUACCAACCAUGAAUUCAUAAUAUUAUUUUCCUUCCCAACUGAAUCUAAAAAAACUCCUGUAAAUUACCUCUCUGAAGGUAAUAACAUACCCAGAUGCUGUGAGAGUACUCAUUUGCACACAGACAGCAACUAUACCAAAAAAUAAAAUAAAACAUAUAUAUUAGCUCAACUAAUUAACUCAAAACGAACAUGUAUAAUCCGUUGAUGAAGCCGAGCAUGUGGAGAUGGCAUGCACCCAAUUGUGAUGUAUUGUCACGUAGAAAUAACGUUUUCUACGCAAACAUGAAACAAAAUCAUGCAAUUGCUGUUAAUUUAGAGGCAACUGCAUGCUUUUCAUGCUUCGCUCUCUCUCCCCAUCAGUAGUUAAACGUUUGCUUCAAUCUUCUCUUUCUCUAUCUUUCUUAAUUAAUUACACUGCAUGUACUUGCAACAGCGCUUACAACUUUCCUCACCAUUAUUACACAACCCAUUCUCUUUUUGUUUCUUGCCCAUGGGGAGGCCUCCUUGCUGCGACAAGUCCAACGUGAAAAGGGGUCUCUGGACUGCUGAGGAAGAUGCCAAGAUUCUUGCCUAUGUCUCCAGCCAUGGCAUUGGCAACUGGACUCUGGUUCCCAAGAAAGCUGGGCUGAAUAGAUGUGGGAAGAGCUGUAGGCUUAGAUGGACUAAUUACUUGAGGCCUGAUCUUAAGCAUGAUGACUUCACACCUCAAGAGGAACAACUCAUUAUUAAUCUUCAUAAAGCUGUAGGUAGCAGGUGGUCUUUAAUUGCAAGGCAGCUUCCAGGAAGAACAGACAACGAUGUGAAGAACUAUUGGAACACUAAGCUUAAGAAAAAGCUUUCCAAGAUGGGAAUUGAUCCUAUAACUCACAAAUCCUUUUCUCAGAUUCUUUCUGAAUAUGGUAACAUUAGAGGUAUAUCAAACAACAAUGGCAACCAUGUUGCUUCUUUCAAUAAAAACUUCAACUCCACUCUCGUGUCCAAACCAGAACAGCCAUCUUCGUCUGUCUUAACUGGACCUUCUAGUUCUAAUGUAAUCCUGAAGCCUCCCAUAGAACAAGUCCAUGAAAACUCGUUCAUUAAUAACAGCCAUUCCUGGGAAUUUCUGCCUCAGUUUCAAGUCACCAACCAUGACAUUUUGAAACCAUAUUUGUUUAAUGAGGUUAGCUCUUCUUCGUCAUCUUCAUGUUCCAGUACCGCCACGCAGUUAAACUCACCGCAAUCGUAUACCUGUCAAGAAUCUCAGCCACCAUUAACACCCUCUUCUUCUUGUUUCUGGAGUGAGUUUCUCGUCAAUGAUCCUGUAAUAUCUGCAGACUUUCAUCAUCUUCAGCAGCAGCAGCAGCACCAAGACUCUCAUGGGGUGUUAUCAUCGACAUCGAUUUCGACACAGAAUAAUAUAUUCCAUGGCAAGUUCACUAGUGGGAAUGGUGAUUUUGGACCGUACGAUCAUGGAGUAAUGAAUGGAAAUCAAACAAACAGCUAUGCAGAUGCAUCUUCAUCUUCUGCAAGUUCAUUUGUGGAUGGUAUCUUGGAUAAGGACAGAGAAAUGGGAUCACAGUUUCCUCAACUUUUAGAUCCUUCUUUUGAUUACUAAGAGUUUUGACCAUAGAAACAUAUGAGAAUUAAUGGAUGAUCAAUUAGUUUUGACUUGCAGACAUGAAUGAUUAUGAAUGAGGUAAGAAAAGUUCUAAUGACAUUGAUCUUUUUAGCCAUAUAUAUAUUGAUUAGGGUGGUUGUGAAAAUCAUGGAGGAAUUGCAUGGAUUUAAAAGUUUGCACUUUGCAUCUAACAAAAAGGCAUUAGUAACAUCAU